GUACUUCCUUAAGUUAGUAGGCGGGUCUUAGCUUUGACUCAUGGCUUAAAGGUCUUCUUCGUUGGUACUGCCGGGUGUUGCAUCGUCCUCUGAAAACCUCAGCAAUGGGCAGUGUUUUGGCUGCCAGUUCCCCCAACCCGCCUCCAGCCCCUGUCAGUGGUGGUCCAGGGAUGACUGUACCACCAGGCUUCUCCAUGCCCCCUGUAUCGCCUGUCCUGCCUUCGGGCAAUACUGCCCCUGGUCAGCAGGUUGAUGCAGAAAGCUCUCUCCCCAACCCUGGCACAUUUGAAGAGUGCCACCGUAAAUGUAAAGAGGUGUUCCCCAUUCAAAUGGAGGGUGUGAGGCUAAUUGUUAACAAGGGACUGAGUAAUCACUUUCAGGUGAAUCACACCGUAAUGCUCAGCACAGUAGGGGACUCAAGCUACAGGUUUGGUGCCACCUAUGUGGGAACUAAGCAGAUGGGUCCCGCAGAGUCCUUCCCAGUUAUGGUUGGAGACAUGGACAAUAGCGGUAGUCUAAAUGCCCAGGUCAUUCACCAGAUCUCCAACAGAGUCCGCUCCAAACUGGCCUUUCAGACGCAGCAGCAGAAGUUUGUGAACUGGCAAGGAGACUGUGAGGUCCGGGGAGAGGACUUCACUGCUGCUGUUACUCUCGGCAACCCAGACAUCUUAGUUGGCUCUGGUAUAGUCGUAGCACACUACCUCCAGUCUAUAACUCCAUCCCUAGCUCUGGGAGGGGAGCUGGUUUACCAUCGCCGGCCAGGAGAGGAAGGCACAGUCAUGUCUCUGGCAGGCAGGUAUACAGGGAGCAACUUCAUUGCCACUUUGACACUAGGGGGAGCAGGUGCACAUGCCUCAUACUACCACAAAGCCAAUGACACGUUGCAGGUAGGUGUUGAGUUUGAGGCUAGCACCCGUAUGCAGGAGACCAGCGUAUCAUUUGGCUACCAGUUAGAUGUACCUAAAGCCAAUUUGCUUUUCAAAGGCUCCAUUGAUAGCAAUUGGGUUGUCGGAGCCACACUAGAGAAGAAACUGCUUCCUCUGCCACUCUCUCUUGUAUUGGGGGCCUUCCUCAACCACAAGAAGAACAAGUUCCAAUGUGGCUUUGGCGUAACCAUCGGUUAGACUCACUGGAGUAAUGGAAAGCCUGUAGGCAGUACUCACAGAAAGGACAGACAGACCAUGGACAGAGUCACAAAGCCAGGACUCCCCACUGAGUCUCACAUCACUGAAAUUUGUCCCGUUCUCUGACUACUUAGAAGUUCAUGGUGGUUGAUUUUGAAAGUAUCACAUUUCUUUAAUGUGUUGUAAAAACAUAUGAUUAUGGUAAAGAAGAAACAAAGGUUGUGUAAAUAAGAAUGCAUCUUUAGGACUAAGAUAAUCAAAUUAUCAUAUUUCAGUCAGAGUUAGUGGGAAAAUGUGGUAAUGUGAUUGGACAGUGGCCAUAUACUUCAAAGACUAACAUACAGAGACCAGCAUAGCAAAUGGCAGUGAAACAGGACUUCAUUAAACAUGUUAGGAAACUAUUAAAUUAUACAGUAUGCUUUUUUGUUUUUA